CUAUACGAUCAGGUUUAAGGUUCUUUUAGAUGGAGGGAGGAAAUGAGUCUGAGAACCACUUGAGUUCAGCUGCAGCUUUUGUGGAAGGCGGAGUUCAGGAAGCAUGUGAUGAUGCUUGUAGCAUAUGCCUCGAAACUUUUUCCGAUAAUAACCCUUCAUCUGUAACUGUUUGCAAGCACGAGUUUCACCUGCAGUGUAUCCUCGAGUGGGGACAGAGAGGCUCGCAAUGCCCUAUGUGUUGGCAGAACCUUAGCUUGAAAGACCCAAACAGCCAGGAACUGUUUGAUGCAGUGGAGCAUGAAAGGAAUGUGAGGAUGAACCCGCCAAGAAACACCACAAUUUUCCGUCACCCAACUUUGGGAGAUUUUGAAUUGCAACAUUUACCAGUAAGUGCAACAGAUUCUGAGCUGGAAGAGCGCAUUAUUCAACACUUGGCUGCAGCGGCUGCUAUGGGUAGGGCACGUCACCUUGCAAGGAGAGAUAAGUGGAGGUGAACCUUCCCACCCUGUCCUCCUUGCCGAAGGUUCUCAGCAAUUGGUUUCGCCACCAUAUGCUGCCCAAGCCGGUCAGGUUUCUGCCUCUUCGGUGGGUCAACUGGGCACUUCAUCAGUUAAUAACAGGUAUUUUCUCAACAGGCCAUGUUUGGAACACGGUGAAUUGUAGGGAAAGGAAGAAACUACUAAGGAUAGUAAUUUUGUUAUUUAUGGGUUUACCUUUUACAAGAUGAAGGAAAACCAAGUGUGAUAAAAACUUUUUAAAAUUUUAUGGUAAGUUGCAGGGAGACGGGGACAAAUAUUCAUACUGGGAUUGGGUUGUGAAGGGGACGGCAUUAACUUUUCCAACUUUUACAAGGGAUUUGGGUGAUGGGGCGUCUUCAAGUACCCAAAGGGGGACAUUUCAGGGAGCAACACUUAUUUGAAGAAUCCGUGCAACAUAGUUUUUUCGUGUAUUUUGAUUUCUUAGUCUCUAUACAAUUAAAUUGUUCAAACAAAUUGAGUUUGAACAAAUAACCAAAAUUGAU